UACCUAAAAACUCGUGCUCAAUGUCGUGGUGCGUUGAGUGAGAUAAUUCAAAGAUCUACUUAUUAACUGUAUUAUAGCAAAAUGAAGCACCUACUUGAAGCCGUAAUAGAAGAUGUAAUUAUGGAACCGAACAAAAUUCAACCUAUAAUAGUUAAUUUUCAGAAUGGAGAAUUAAAAGAUGAGGAAGCAGAAAAUAUGGAUUGCAAUUUAUUUUAUGAUGAAAGGAAAAAGAAAACGACAUUAGCUUUAUCCAAUGGACAAGUUGUGUAUAAAGGUUAUAAACCCAAUGUCGAUAAAGAGUUAACUUAUACAAUGCUUGCUAUACAUAAUAAAAAAACAGGAAAGAUUAGGUUGGUUCAGGCAGAACGAUGGCAGGUUGUACCUGUACUUGAUACAAAAUUAGAAAUUGUAGAAGAUACGAAUACUGAUAAAAUCGCAAUGUUAAAUAAACAAUUUGGAUCGAAAAGAGUAAAACGCAGGACAGAACAGUUUGAGAGGAUGAAAGUCAAUGUUGAUUCAGUUAAAGACCGGCUAGAGGAGAGUGUAUCUAGAAUUGAAAUUGAACGAAAUGAUCUGUCAUUUAAAUUGAAUGAGAGUUCACUAACUGGGAACACCAGUUUUCCAGAGCCUAACAGAGAAGCUUCAGAUGUUGCGGAUGUUUAUAAUAUGUAUGAAAUUGUUCCUAAAGCAACAUUAAAAACAUUAUAUUCUGAAGCUAAACAGAUUCUAGAAGAUCCAGGAACAGGAAGAUCGGAAUACUUCAUGAAAACUUUAGAAGAUUUGAAAACGACUACAAAAAAUGUUAAAAAAGUUGCAGUGCUAUUGUAUAUGGAAGCUGUUAGUGAAUGGCUUAAAAUGCUAAUAAAGGAUGCCAAAAAGAAAGGCAUAGAAAUAUGUCCGUUUUCAAGAGAAGUUAACAAUCACGUUAUUGAAACCUACAGUUUGCCAAGUGCCAAUGGAAGGCAGCGACCUGCUAGUAUGAGGGACAAAGGUGUUAUACACUGUAUAAUACUAGCUCUGAUUAUAUCACGUUUUACCUUAGAUUUGGAUUUAUUCUCAACACUGUUUCAUAACAAAAUAGGACUGAAAAAGUUACAGGACCUUUCAAAAAUUAUUGGUGCUGUACCGUUAAAAGGUAAUAAAAAAAUAGUUAUUCUUAAAAUUCCUCUACCUGUUACAUCAGCUGUCGCUAAAAAAAGUAGAAGAAAAUGAAUUUUACAAAGUAAUAAAAAUGUGUGACUGGUAUUUCUAAUAAAAUAUUUUCUAUCUAUUUUAAUG